GCGCUAUGAAUCUUUUAAACUUUGCUCGUAUCUGCUUAUCUCUUUACAUGCUCCGCCGAGGUUCCAACGGUACCGCUCGUUUACCAUCGUUGAUAAUGCUCGACGUCGGAACAUUGGCCACUCAACUCACCACUGCUAUUAUCGUCUUUCUCAUCGACGUUAUAGUCGUCGCUAUUGUUCGCAAUGGCAAGAACCGGUGUCACGCUGAAUUGAGCUACUCACCAGGUUUGGAUGGUCCUAGGAGCGACUACCGCGCUUUGGUUAACCAUGGUUGGCGCAUUUGGAGCAUGUUAUCAUUGUUCCAAGGAUAGAACUUCAAGAUACUUAACGCCUGGCAAUUUUGUUCGAAUAUUUCGGACAUCAUAUGUAAGUACGUGUACCAGAACGUUCUUACGCUGCUCGCAUCUUUUUUCUGUAUUAUUUAUACUGUUGAACACAAGUAUUGACAUUGCCUUCAUCGACAACAAAUAUGUCACCUUGUAUCAUUCUUGCAAACAUUACAAGUCAAACGUCAACCUACGUCAACGCGGUUCAAACCUGUGUCCUGGGGCAGAACUGGGGCAUUAUGAAUUUGUCGAUCAAGCGUUUAGACUCAUGAGAUUCAGAUACAUAGAUACAAGAUGUAAAUACUAAUAGCCCACUAAAGUAUGUACCCCGGGUACAUGGUGGUGGAUCACACCUGGAUCACACCCCACGGAAGCCCACGGAACGUGUUGAAGUAGGCUCGGACUUUUCAGUUCGACAAAGCGCUAAAAAAAUUGCACGGCUUCUUCCUUCUUGAUGUAAAUA